AGUGACAGGUCUUGUCCCUUGGAAACCUCUCAGAGUGGGGUGAGAGAGGGAAAUGUCUCCGGAGAGAUUUCUGUCAGCCCCGCGCUGACUUGCACCUGCCUACCUGUUUCACCCUCUGUGGCCCGCAUGCCUCGUUCAUGUCAACGUAAGAUAAUAAAGUAGGCAGUCCCCUUCAAACGUUCUGGAGUACAAUGAGCGCUUUCCAGCAAAAGAUUUUAAACUCGAUCAAGUGUUUCAGAAGACAAUGGCCUUUAUUUUCAAACUCUGAAAGGACUACUGUAUGUGGAGCAGACUGCAUGCUGAUGGCAUUACAACUGUCAAUGGCUGAAGUCAAUAAACAGCACCAUGGAGAUUUCACAGUAUCGCUUAGUGAUGUGUUGGAAACUUGGAAAUAUUUGUUACAUGACAAACUGGGAUUAUCGUAUGAGAACAUGAAAGAACCUGAAAAUUAUGCUGACGUAAAAAAAGCCUAUCAUGCCUUCUUAGCAAGAACCAAUAUGUUAGAUCUAAUAGACAUAUAUCAGAAGUUCUAUGGUCUUGGACUUGUAUCUGAAGAUGAAAGCUUAGCCCCUGUUCAACUGUUGGAAUUUAUUUCUGGCAUAAUGAAUGUACAAGAAAAUAAUGGUUAUGUUCUUUCUACUCCUUCUACACCAGUCAACAGACAGAGCCAGCAGAAUGUAAAGGUGACAAUGCUGGCAAAGAAGUGUGUUUGUUCAUAUUUAAGCCUGUUGGUGAAUUCUAAAGAUGAUCUGUCAUUGGCUCAUAUUCUAAAUGUUCCUGACAGAGGACUUGGUAGAGAAGCCUUCACUAACCUAAAACAUGCCUCACAGAAGAGAAAAAUGUCCAUUUUCCUGAUGGCAACGUCUUUUAUCCGAACCAUAGAACUUGGAGGAAGAGGCUGUGCAUCUUCAUUAUUUGAUCCUUUAAGAGUCCAUGUAAAGGGGCUUUCAAACUUUGUUAAUUUUAUUGACAAGCUGCAAGAAAUUGUUGGUGAAACCUUAAAUCCAAGAAUCGCAGGGGGGCGAAUUCUGUCAACAGUGAAGAUGCAUUUGAUAAAAGGCCAAAGCAAUGGGGAUCCUUUCUGUCAGGCAGUAGAGGAAGUUGUACAAGAUUUGGAUUUGAAGAUUAAAAAUAUUAUCGAUUCACAACAUGAAGUCUUGACUGCCAGCACUACUGGAGUCAGUCCAGCACGGCCAAAAUUGCAUUCCAUAAAUCAUGGCACUGUGUAUUGUGGCAGAGAUACGGUAAAGGUCUUACUAGUUCUUCUGGAUGAAGAAGCUGUCAGCCCUCCUACCCAGAACAAAGCAGAACUAUUAUAUGAUGAUGAAGGCUUAAAUCUGUUCGGAAUCACCUCUGUUUUGACACUCUUCAGAUCUCCAGCACAAUCCAGUGGGUCUUCUCCAAAACCUCUUAGACAACGUGUUCAGAAAUCUAUGGAUGAAAAAAAAAUGAAGAUGAAGCAAUCUUUAAUCAAUUCUCAGUUUGCCUGUACAUAUAAAAAUGAGUUGAGUGAAAUAAAAGGUCAGCACUUCCUCAGCAGUAGCCGAAUCCCAACCUGCAUACAUCCUGCACAAAAGCAACAUUUAAAAGCUGGAUAUCUCACAGAAGGUGUGGAUUCAUGUCUUGAUGUACCGGUGCUUGGAACUAUUUCUGAAAAUGUUCACCAGACUAGAAGUUUUACAGAAAUGGGAAAGCUGAGUUGUCAGCCAAGAAACAAGAACUCCAAGAAUGAACAGAUGGAUUUGAAUAAUGACAAAGUAAUCUGUGAUAAGGAAAGUGAACCAUCUUUGCAAAAAAAUGCUAAAAGACCUAAGAGUUCCAACAACUCUCAGAAGGAAUUGGACAGCAAAAUUGGUGGAAAAAGAAAACACAGCAAAACUACAAGCAAGAAUAAGUUGAUUGCUGGUCAGGCAAAAUUAACUCACUUUUUUUGACUAUAAGGUUUUGUUUUGACAUACAUGGUACAUUGACUGGUUCAGAAGUUGUAAAAUUUUGUGAGAAAAGGGUGAAAUUCAUUAAUUGCUUCCUUUCAUACUCAAAUAAGUUGAAGUAGCUUGUGUGUAAUAUUAGACAAAUACUUACAAGUCUGGAUUAUGCAGAAGUCUUUUAUUUUUUUUAUAACAAUACAUUGUUAGUAAUUACAGCAAUGUUCUUUUUUGGUAAUGAAUUAUGUUUCCCUCUACAAGGCGAUGGGAAAGUAUUUUUGUAUGCAUGUGUAUAGCCACACUAAAACACAGUAACUUCAAAUUACAUUAAAUUCAUAGUAAAAUCUUUAAUCUUCAAAGAAGGUGGUGUGGAUCAGUAGUUUUCAGACUUGCCAACAAGGUCGAUAGACUCUUCCCAGCAUACACCUGAGCACUACAGCAAAAAAGAAUCUUGAAAGUUUAAAUCGUCAGAGAACUAGACUUCUUUAUGGCCUCUGGAAAUAUUAAUUCAACAAAUUUAACAAACGCUUCUUCCCCUGUGCACCGAAUUACAAUAGACAUCGAGUUUCUAAAUGAACCUUUAUCAAAUUGCUAUAUAGGCAUUGCAUUAUACUUUACCAGAAUGAAAUAAUUUUUGUGUAAAAAUGAAAAUAUACUUACUGUCAAAAUCUCUUCUUCCUAUAGGGAAUUUAGCUGAAUUUUCUUCAUCUGCAGUCUCUCUUUCCU